AUGAUGGGACUUGGGUUUUGGAUGGAGGGGGCUUCUGUGACUAAUUUCAUCUUCGACAAUUUUAGUGCUAAUGUGGUUGUCAAUGGAGCCACUGUGAACCUGGGACUGUGGGAUACCGCAGGAUGGGAGGAUUACAACAGACUAAGACCUUUGAGUUAUCGUGGAGCGGAUGUUUUCAUUCUAGCAUUCUCUCUCAUUAGCAAGGCUAGCUAUGAAAAUGUCUCUAAGAAGUGGAUUCCCGAGCUGAAGCAUUACGCGCCUGGUGUCCCAAUUGUUCUUGUUGGGACAAAGCUUGGUAAGACCACUUCUCAUUACCAUACGGGGGCAGCUUUGCUUUUCUCUUCUUAUGCUGCACUUGAUACCCAUAUUAGCCACACACAAAAAAAAAAAGAUUACAAGCGACGGAAGUGGAGAUGA